AUGGAGUACGCAGAAUGUAAUAAGAAAAUGGGUAGACCUUAUGCUGCCACUUGUUUUAAGAGGAAGUCAACGAGGUCUCCUCAUUUGGGACUCUGGAUGACUGCUUACCUCCAGACCUUGGACAUUGCAAUAAACAAGCCUUUCAAGGAUUACCUCAGACUUGAAAUCAAUGAUUAUAUUGAGAAUAGGAUGUCAAGGAACAAAAAUAACAACUUCGUGAAGCCUAAUCUGCAGGAGGUAGUCUCUUGGGUAAGGAAUGCAUGGGGCAAAGUCACUGAUAGCUGUGUUGCAAAGGCUCUGAAAGCAAGGUACUUGGACAAAACAUCGCCAUUUGAAGCGAGCUACAUUGCAAAACACGAUAGAUUGGGACCUAUGAUACUGAAGGAGCUGGAGUCAAAUGAAAUCUUGGCUGGAAUUCAAGGUCUUGAUCUGGAAGAAAAUGAUGAUAUCCCAGAAGAUGAUGAUCUUAUUGUAUUUGAAUAA